AUGGAGAAGUCCAAAAACUUUCGCAUCGAUGCCCUGUUAGCAGUCGAUCCACCCCGGGUGCAGACCUCCCCGCUGGCACUGGUCACUUCCCUGUCCUCCUCCUCCAUCCCAGGGUCCGGGAGCCAGGCGUCCCAGGAGCUCAGCAGCAGCAUCGAGUCCCUGCGCAACGAGACGCCGUCCCCGCCGAGGAUGUCCUCCUGCGGGCUGAUCCCCAAACCGGGCUUCCUCAACAGCCCGCACAGCAUGCUUGGAUUACACCCGCAGAGCACCGCAGGCAUCCCCGCACAGGCUCUCUACGGCCACCCCAUGUACACCUACUCCUCUGCUGCACUCGGGGGCCAACACCCUGCCCUGUCCUACUCCUACCCACACGGCUCCCAUCACCACCACGCCAGUGAUCCCAUCAAGCUGACGGCCAGCACCUUCCAGCUGGACCACUGGCUCCGGGUCUCCACAGCCGGGAUGAUGCUGCCCAAAAUGUCUGACUUCAAUGCUCAGGCGCAGUCCAACUUGCUCGGGAAGUGCAGAAGACCCAGAACCGCCUUCACAAGUCAGCAGCUGCUGGAGCUGGAGCAUCAGUUCAAACUGAACAAGUAUCUGUCCAGACCGAAGCGUUUCGAGGUGGCCACGUCCCUCAUGCUGACAGAAACACAGGUCAAAAUCUGGUUCCAGAACAGAAGAAUGAAAUGGAAAAGAAGCAAGAAGGCCAAAGAGCAGGCCGCGCAGGAUGCCGAGAAGCAAAAGGGCAGCAAGAGCGGCCAGGAGAAAUCUGACGGACUCGAAAAGUCGGAUUAUCGCAGCAAGACAGACUCAAAAAACGGCAGAAUAAAAGACUUCCGGGACAGUGACGACGACGAGGCCGAGAAUUUCAUGUACAACUCGUCCGACUGCUCAUCGGACGACGAGAGGAAUCGCGCCAGUGACAUCAGCCCACAGCCCUGA